CCCUCCCCUUGUCCCACACUUGCUCCUCUUGUCCAGGUGGCUUCCGGGGCCUGUGCCGACUGGAAACGAUAGAGUACACACAGUUUGUUGAGCUUUCUAGGACCGGCCCAGAGUCCUCUAGGGUUCAGUUAAUAUUGGCUUUGGAACACUGCCUUCCUUUGCCAGCCUUGAAUACAUGGUAUCUCCCCCAGACCACCACCAUACACUCCCACAUGCACACAGACUCCCCUUCCCCCAAAUGCUCAGACAAUGCAUUCCAGCCCUACAUCCUCCCCACACACAUCCACCGCUGCAUUCACACGUAUUUGUGGAACUGAGAAAGCACGCUGUGGAGAGUCAGGCUGAGUGCGAAUCCCAGCUCUCCGGUUGCUGUGCCUGGAGCAAGCUUUACAAUCACCCAAAGCUUUGGUGUCCUCAUAAGAUAAGAGAUUGGCGAAAGGUACAGGGGCCCGUGCUGGUUGAGGACACCUGUCUGUGCUUCAACGCCCUUGGAGGGCUCCCCGGCCCCUACAUAAAGUGGUUUCUGGAGAAGUUAAAGCCUGAAGGUCUCCACCAGCUCCUGGCCGGGUUCGAGGACAAGUCAGCCUACGCGCUCUGCACGUUUGCACUCGGCACCGGGGACCCAAGCCAGCCCGUGCGCCUGUUCAGGGGCCGGACCUCGGCUGGAGUACAGUGGCACGAUCUCAGCUCACUGCAACCUCUGCCUCCCACGUUCAAGUGAUUCUUGUGCCUCAGCCUCCCAAAGUUUCUGGGAUUACAGGUGCGUACCACCAAGCCCAGCUAAUUUUUUUUUUUUUUUUUGAGACGGAGUCUCACUCUGUUGCCCAGGCUGGAUGGAGUGCAGUGGCACAAUCUUGGCUCACUGCAACCUCCGCCUCCCAGGUUCAAGCGAUUCUCCUGCCUCAGCCUCCCAAGCAGCUGGGACUACAGGCGCAAAGCACCACCAUGCCUGGCUAAUUUUUGUAUUUUAGUAGAGACAGGGUUUCACCAUGUUGGCCAAGCUGGUCUCAAACUCCUGACCUCGUGAUCUGCCCGCCUCGGCCUCCCAAAGUACUGGGAUUACAUGCGUGAGUCAGUACACCCGGCCAGCAUAAUGGUUUAAGGUUCAUCUGUGUUGUAGCAUGUGACAGAAUUUUCUAUGACUUAAGGCUGAAGAUGGAAUAGACUACUUUUUGUAUCUAUUUAUCUGUUGAUGGGCGUUUAGGUUGCUUGCACCUCGUGGCUAUUGUGAAUAAUGCUGUAAUGAAUAUGGGAGUGUGGAUGUCUCUUCAAGAUCCUGUUUUCAGUUCUUUUGGAUAAAUACCCACAAGUAGAAUUGCUGGAUCAUGUUGCCUGGUAAAUUUUUGUGUGUGUGGGUGAGACAGUCUCACUCUGUCACCCAGGCUAGAGUGCAGUGGUGCAAUCACUGCUCACAACAGCCUCCACCUCCCAGGCUCAGGUGAUCUCUCACCCCGGAGAGUAACUGGGACUACAGGCAUGCACCACCACACCUGGCUAAUUUUUGUAUUUUUGGUAGAGACAGAGUUUCACUAUGUUGCCCAGGCUGGUCUUGAACUCCCAACCUUAAGUGAUCCGCUGGCCUCAUUCUCCCAAAGUGCAACCUACAUCUCCUGGGUUCAAGCAAUUCUCCUGCCUCAGCCUCCCGAGUAGCUGGGAUUAUAGGCGUGCACAAAAAACAUUUGUUGCAUGGUUGAGGUUCAGUAACUGGCCUUGGUCACACAGCUCCUCACGGCAGAAUUUGCCUUUGGGUCUAAAUUACUUGGCAUUUAUGUGACUAAUCCCAAUCAUGUACCACCUCCAUUGUAUUUUUUAAAAAGUAAAAAAAAAAUGUUUUUGAGACAGGGUCUUGCUUUGUCACCCAGGCUGGAGUGCAGUGGCAUGAUUACAGUUCAUAGCAGCCUUGAUCUCUCAGGCUCAAGUCAUCCUCCUACCUCAGCCUUCCAAGUAGCUAGGACCUCAGGUGCGAGCAACCACAUCUGGCUAAUUAAAAAAAAAAAAAAUUGGUAGAGAUACGGUCUGACUGUGUUGCCCAGACUGGUCUUGAACUCCUGGGUUUAAACCAUCCUCCCUCCUUGGCCUCCCCAAGUGCUGAGAUUACAGGCGUGAGCUACCACACCUGGCCCCUUGUAUUUUUUCAGUUAGAAUUUUUUGGGUUUUUUUGUUUGUUUUUUGGGGUGUUUGUUUGUUUGGAGUGUUUGUCUCAGUCUGUCACCCGGACUGGAUCACAGCUCACUGCAGCCUCGACCUCUCAGGUUCAAGCAGUCUUCCCACCAAGUAGCUGGGACUACAGGCUCACACCUCCAGGCUAGGCUAAUUUUUGUAUUUUUGUAGAGAUGGGGUUUCACCUUUGCCAUGCUGCCCAGGCUGCUCUCAGUUUCCUGGGCUCAAGUGAUCUUCCCACCUCAGCCUCCCAAAGUCCUGGGAUUACGGGCAUGAGCCACCGCGCCUGGCCAGAUUGUUUUUCUUUUUCUUUUUCUUUCUUUCUUUUUUUUUUUUUUUACUUUGAUAACAACGUGACAUUUCAUGUCACUGGAUUACAAUUUUUUCUUUUUCUAACAUUUUCACCAUGGAAUUUCCCUACUAUAGCCAGUAUUUAUUGUACUCACUUAUGUGUUCAUGAAAUGGGGAGUUGGGUACCUGCUUCCUGUUGCGGUGUUUCAUCUUAUUGUUAAAGUCUUCCUCGUAUUUUCAGGAACACUGUCAUAGUAGCAGGCAUCUGGCUUGUCCAGAGUUCAGGGCACUUAGCUUCCUAUUAGGAGAAAACGUUUUCUGUCUAUCUUUCAAAGUAGCCUCAUUGUUCUUCAGUGAUGUCCCAAUUUGUCCCAGUUGUGGUGAGGGCGCGUGGCCCCGGAGGUGCUGGUGGUCCCGUGGGUCCAUGCCUCCUCCCUGUGUGUGAGGGGAGAGCUGCCCCGCUCUGCUUUUGUACUCAGCAAACAUUUGCAGGUGCUGUAGAGGCCUUGCAACUACAUUUUGCGUAAGUUGGGUCAAAUCAAAUUCACAAACUCGCCAAACUCAUACUGACCACUGCCCUCCUUGUGCUUGUCCUCUGGACCCAGUUACACACCUGUCCCCCCUUUCC